AUGUUUUCACUAGGAGUGGUGGAGCGCUCGUGGGAGGAGGAGGAGGGUCGGGUCCCCCCGCAGGGUUCCCCGCUGCCGGCGAAGGGACCAGGGAUGGGAAUGGGAAUGGAGUACGGCAGCGGUCCGGGGGCGAUGAGUGGCGGGCCUGGCGGAGCGGGAGGUCCGGCCUUCAGCUUCGCCCCGCAUAUCCGCGGCCCCUUCGCUGGCAGCGGGGAACGGCAGCGGAGUCCCCCCUUCACCAGCUCCACCCCACCACCCACCACGGCUCCUCACCAGCCCACGUGGUCCCGCUAUACACCCAUGGACUUUGAGUUGCUCCUUCAUGAGGGCAGACAAUUCACAGAGGAUAUGAGACGAUCUGUCGCGUACCUAAAGUGGUACAACAAUAAACGUAUGCAUGACAACCGACUGCCUCCGCCGUUAACGGAUGUACGUUAUGGUGCGAGAGAUGCAGUGGAGGCACCAUGGGACGGUGAUUCUGCAACACGCGUCUCAAGCCAAGGUGGUAUGCCCAUUUCUGGAGGAGGAGGAGUAAGUGGUGCUGCUGUUGGUGGUGGUGCUGGUGGUGGUGCAAACAUGGAUACUGGAAAGAGUGGCUUUCGCUUAGAACUUGACGCAAAAAAUCUGCAGCAAGCGCAUGAGCAGCAGUGUUUUAACCCUUACGCAGCUGGUUUUCAGCAUCGUGAUGAUAAUUUACUGAGUCCGGGAACACAAUUUUUUGGGGCAUAUGCACCAACACCGUUAGCAACUAUGGCGACACCAAAUACUCUACGCGCCUAUGCUCACUCUCGUAUGGCUACACAAAAUCGCAGUGGAAGUACGAAUAACGAACGGGAUCCAUCACAAUCUUUAACACAAGUGCCAAAUACCACUCUUUAUAAUAAUGAAUGGAAUACAACUGGGGAUUUUCGUACAGGAUCGAAUGUUAUUUCUAACUUGGGUCAACAGUACUAUACUCAAGAACCUAUGAAUCCAUUUGACUACUACACUGACCCUGCAGUAGCUGGUUAUUAUGGAACUACUGCAGCAGGUGUAGCGGAGGCAUCGCGAAUGCAAUCUGCACUUAUGGCUAUGGGUUCUGCUGGUGAAAUGGGUAUGAUGCGUGGUGGAAGUGGCAGUGGUGGAGCUGGUGGUGGUGGUCGAGGUAGACGUGGUGGAGGAGGAGGAGGAGGAAGAGGACGAGGUGCGAGUGGAAGCAACGCAAACAGCAGCAAAUGGGGUCCUGGUGGAGCUAAAGCAAAUGGUCGUGGUGGUCCUUACCGUGAACCACUUCAACCUUGUUCUGAAUUACUGGAACAAUUUCGUGCAGAUGCCAUGAAUGGUGCUACAAGUCAAUGGCGUAUUGCUCAUAUUGCUGGUCAUGCAGUAGAAUUUGCUCAAGACCAGGAAGGUAGUCGAUUUAUUCAAAGAGCUGUAGAUACUGCAACACACGAUGAAGUUGAUGCCCUUUUUCAUGAAAUCUUUGAAUCUCCUUUGGAUUUGGUAACAGAUAUUUUUGGUAACUACGUUCUACAAAAGCUUCUUGAGAUAGGUAAUGCACGUCAACUGGCAUAUGCGGCUACGCGACUGCAAAAUAAUGUGGUUUCUUUAACGUUACAAACGUAUGGAUGUCGUGUAAUUCAAAAAUGCAUUGAAGUAAUGCCACCUGAAGGACUUGAUAUUAUUUUGGCUGAAUUACAAGGAAAUGUGGCAAAGUGUAUUCAAGAUCAAAAUGGAAAUCAUGUUGUUCAAAAAUGUGUGGAAGUUAUUCCUCAACGUUGUGGGUUUAUUGUUUCAGCAUUCACUGGGCGUGUUAUGGAGCUGGCAACCCACGCGUACGGAUGUCGUGUAAUUCAAUGCAUUAUGGAACAUUGUCCAGAUCAGGAAGAAGCUAUUUUUUCUGAAUUGGUUCAAUGUGUGGGUACUUUGGCAAAAGAUCAAUACGGUAAUUACGUUAUUCAACACGUUUUGCAACAUAUGAAGGAUGAAGAUAAGGUAUCGCGUAUUUUUAAUGCAUUAAAGAAUAAUUUCUAUGAAUGCAGCAAGCAAAAAUUUGCCUCUAACGUGAUGGAAAAAAUUUUUGUCCGUGCCAGUCCAAAACAGCGUAUGGAACUUGUAGAGUUGCUGUGUUCCCCUGUUGAAGGAGUUGAUCAUCCAAUGGUGGAGGUACUUACCUUUAAGCGUUCUCCUCCUGUGAAAAAGGAUACCGCAGAGAAGCAGCGAAGCAGUGGUGGAGCUGUUGCUGCUACUGCUUCUUCCUCUACUACUGCCGCUGCUUCUGCUUCUGCUUCUACUACCACUACUACUGCUGUUACUGCAGCUCCUGCAGGUUCAAGUACCACUGUUGAGCCUGUAAAGAAAGGACGUCGUGAUAAGGAACGAGAGCGGGAAAAGGAAAGUGCAGGUGGACCCGUUGUGGAGGUGCAAUCCGGUGGCAAAGAACCCCCAAGUAUGUUAUGUCUUAUGAUGCAAAAUCAAUUUGCAAAUUAUGUUGUACAACGUGUGUUGGAUGCAGCAGAUGUGGACCAGUUCUGGUGUCUCAUUGACAAUAUUCAAAAGUUUCUGUUACCCAUCAGCACAUAUACGUAUGGUGCACCUAUUGUACAGAGAUUGGUGAGACGAGAAUUGGUAAAGGCACCAGAUGAUGUUGUGUUUAAUUUAUCUACAGCCGCAAGUGGAUCUGGUGGAGGAAGAGGUAAUUAUCAUCAUCAUAAUCAUCAUCAUCAUGGACACCAACGCAAGGAUGCUGCAGAUCGUAGUAGUGAUGAGUAG